AGUGGUCAAGUAAUAACCUUCCUCUGCGAAUGCGAUAAUAAUUGUUUUUAAUCCGAAGCGAACAGCAGUACAAGACGGACGCUCUCCGUUGAGAAAUUAGAACGAAAAUGUUUAGAACCGUAGUCCCGCUUCUCCUGGUAGCACUUUGCUACUGGGAAACUGCUUUCGGUCAAAGUUGGCAGAAAGGUGGCGUCAAAAGUGGCCACAUGGUAGCCCUCAACCAAACCGUGUUGGAAGAUCACCCCGUAGGAACCGUGGAUAUGGCGAACCUGCAUCGGGCUAACGAGUCGCAAGGUGCCCUGGAUAAGUUCAUGAACAAAACCAAGACUAUGAUCUCGAAGGGCAUCUGCUUCGACGAAGUCCCAACCAUAACGCUGGUGAAACCUCAAAAUGGACAGAUUCCCGCUGGGAAUGGAUCGGACCCGUCACUCAGUCGCAUCCAAGUAUGUUGCAAGGGCUACGAACGAAACGUUCACAACUUCCACAAGUGCGACCCAAUCUGUGACGAACCUUGCUAUAAUGGACUGUGCGUCGGACCGAACACUUGUGCCUGCUAUCCGGAAUACGUAAACAACCACCAGGGAAGAUGCGUCCCAACGUGUCCAAUUGGCUGUGACAAUGGAGAGUGCAAUUUGGAGCUGAAAAUGUGUGUGUGCAAAGAUGGACACGAACUGGACGAGACGCACAAGUUUUGCGUUCCCAGCUGUACCGGAGGUUGUGGCGCCGGCCGGUGUGUUGGGGUGGAAAAGUGUGAAUGUGACGUAGGCUACGGACAGGAUGAAGAUGGCAAGUGCGUACCGAGCUGCGAGGGAGGAUGCGGAAGUGGGGUGUGCAUUGCGCCGGGAGUUUGCCAGUGUAAGCCGGGAUACGAGAAGACGGAAGCGGGAUGUGAACCGAUUUGCUCGGACGGAUGCUUCAACGGUGUCUGCAGCGCCCCGGAAACGUGCACCUGCAAGCCAGGCUACAAGAUGGGACCAUCGGGGAACAAAUGUGACGCCACUUGCGAUAAACCUUGCCUCAAUGGCUUUUGUACCGGCCCGAACACGUGCUCCUGCCAUCGAGGAUACCUUCUGGAUGAUAUUAAUAUCUUCAAAUGCCUCCCGCACUGCCCCAACGGAUGCCCGAAUGGAGUCUGCUCGGGACCGAACAUGUGCCUGUGCAACGCCGGCUUCAUCAAGGAUCGCAGCCUCAAGGGAAGUCAAGUUUGCGUUAAACGACCAGUGCGAUUGGGUGGCCGACCGCUGACUGCUAGAGAACGGACAUAUGCAUACGCACAGAAACGAUUGGGCUGGCACAGAAUAUCAAUCAGCAGUCGUAGUAGCAGGGAACAACUACACCGGACGAGAACGGAAGACACAGGCAAGCCGGAUCCUGAUCGAGGGAAGCGCCUCGGAUUGAACUUGAUCGAACUCUUCAUGAUAUGUGCUGAAACGGUGGUUGGAAAUAGAAGUGGGAAGUUAAGUGAUAGCGAAAAAAAAAAGCAGAAACAAGUGAUCGAAGUUCGAAGACUUUGCCGUGACUCCGAGCGGGCGAAAGUGACGAAGACAGUCGUGAUGCUCUACUUGAAGAUUAUCGCCGCUGUGGGGCUGUGCACGGUGCUCUUCUGGGAUGCUGCGGAAGCUGCUGAGCCGUGCUCCAAUACUACCGUCAAGAUAGAAUACGUGAGACGAAACAACAAAAACGUUAUGGUAGCCCGCAGCAAAUGCUGCAAAGGCUACGUCCGCAACAAGAACAAAUGUAACCCGGUAUGUUCGACGCCAUGCGAAAACUCCAAAUGUACGGAACCGAACUUUUGCACCUGCGACGAUGGCUUCGAACGGUUGUCAAACUUCCGAUGCAUCCCACACUGCGAGGGAUGUGACAAUGGAUUCUGCAUCAAACCGGGCUACUGUCAGUGUUAUUCCGGGUUCUACCACGCGGAGAACGGUAGCUGCUUGCCGGAAUGUAACAACUGCGGUGGAGAAGGGUACUGCCUGGAACCGAACGUUUGUCUCUGUCCGGAAGGCUAUCAAAUGCAAACCGUGAACGGUAAGCGAAGGUGCGAACCGAUUUGUGAGGAUGAGUGUCCCAACGGGAGAUGCGUGGGUCCGAACGAUUGCAGCUGUGACGAAGGAUUUUCGAAGAACGAUUCGGGGAAUUGCAUCGCUGAGAGAGUGAGUACGACAACUCCGGAACCGUGCGAGCUGGGUUAUGAGGAGACGAAUGGAACGUGCGUUCCGAUUUGCGAGGAACAGUGUGUGAAUGGAGAUUGCACUGCUCCGAAUGAGUGCGAAUGCUACGAUGAUUACUCGAACGAGAACUCUACGGCGUAUCAUCUGUGUCAGCCGGUAUGCUCCAACGGAUGCCAGAAUGGCAACUGUAUCGCUCCGGGAAAAUGUAUCUGUCACAAAGGUUACGGGAAGAUAGCGGAUGAGUGCAUUCCACUGUGUGAGAAGUGUUCGCUAGGGCACUGCGUUCGUCCGGAGGAGUGCGUCUGCGAUCGAGGCUACGAUCUUAUCGACGGGGAUUGCGUUCCGAUAUGCGAGGAGGAAUGCAAGAAUGCGAAGUGUACAGGGCCAAAUUCAUGCACUUGUUUGCCGGGAUACAACUACACGGACAUCAACUCAUUGUUCGAGUGCUUGCCGGUUUGCGAAGAUGACUGCGAAAAUGGAGAAUGCGUUGCGCCGAAUACGUGUGAGUGCAUUCUGGGGUACAUCAAGGAUGACGAUGUCUGCGUGCAUCCAAUGGAACUGUGUCGGUCGAGAUGCAUACACGGGCACUGCGACAAGAAUGCCAGAUGCAACUGCAACCGAGGCUACAUUAUGAAUGCGAUCGGACUUUGCGAGAAGACAUGCCCGGAUGGCUGCAUCAACGGGGAUUGCGUUGGAGGUGAGUGUCUGUGCUACGAGAACUACAGACUAUCGCUGGGGAACGCUUCGCUGUGUGAACCUACCUGCGAAGAAGACUACGACUACGAAAGUGGUUGUGUGAAUGGAAGGUGCGUAGAGCCGAACGUUUGCCAAUGCGAUGAUGGGUACGACUUCGUAGAUGGGAGCCGGACCAAGUGUCAAUCGGUGGAGGAAAUUCGGGCAGAGAAGGAACGGCAGCUGAAAGAGAAGAAGUGUGCCAAGUGGUGUAGCAAUGGAGAAUGUGAGCAGGGGUACUGUCAGUGCACGAUGGGUUAUAUCAAUCCGGAAGGAGAGAACCAUCGAUGCGUAGCGUUGUGUGAACCGGCUUGUAGGAACGGCACGUGUGUUCUGCCAAAUCGAUGCGAGUGCGCUCAAGGCUACGAAUUUUACAAUGGAAGUGCUCACAUUUGCCUGCGUGAGGAGGAUGUGAAGCGGUUCCGGAUGCAGUUGAAACAGAAUUAUUGUGAGGAGAACUGCCACAAUGGGAACUGUGAAGAAGGCAAGUGCUUCUGCAAUUUGGGUUUUCGACCUUCGGUGAAUGACGAGUUCAACUGUCAGCCGUAUUGUGAGAAGCCUUGUCUCAACGGAGUCUGUGCCGGAGGCAAUCGAUGCCGAUGCUUCGAGGGUUAUGGUAAUCUAAUUGAUCCAAGCAAGUGCGAUCCGGUCUGUGAGCCGGAGUGUUUGAAUGGACAGUGUGUUGGUCCGAACGAGUGCAGGUGUAACAUUGGGUAUGGGUUCGAGGAGGGAAGCUUGCACCGAUGUGAAAGUGAGUCAUCCAAAAUGGAGGCUAUUGUUAAAGAAAGACAAAAGGCAUGUAAGGCCAAGUGUACCAAUGGUAUGUGCGUGGAUGGAGUUUGCAAGUGCGUGGAAGGGUACUUCAACGUCGAUAAAACGAAGAUGACAUGCGAACCGUGGUGCACUGAGGGAUGUCCCAAUGGACAGUGUACAGCUCCGGGAGAGUGCACAUGUGACGCAGGAUAUGAACUUACUUCGGAACAUGGGUGUAAGGCAACCUGUACGCAAGACUGCAUCAACAGUUUCUGCGGUGCUCCGGGAAGGUGUGACUGCUUCCCAGGGUACAAGCGAACGGAGGAUGUCAACAUGUGUGAACCGGACUGUGGCGAAGAAGGCUGCCUCCAUGGACACUGCGUGGUUCCGGGAGUUUGCGAGUGCUUCGCUGGAUACCAGCAAAACGAGGAAGGCGACAUCCAGUGUCAGUUGAUUCCGGAGAUCAUCUAUAAGGUUGAUAGCCAUAGCAACAGCUUGAUCUACAACGUAGCCUACAUAAAGUACCUGGUGCCGUUGAUUGUCGUCGCCGUGCUCAUCACCGCUGCCUUCGUCACCAUGAUCGUCCUUCGCAAUAAGCGCAAGGAUUACCACGUCGGCAAGCUCGGUAACGUACGCCGGUCGUCGGGCCGGGCAUCGCGUACCACCGAUUACAAUGAUUAUAACCUGGUCGUUCUUUUCCCCACAGAGACGAAAGAAAAUUGCGUCUACUUUAUGCCCCAAACGCCGGACGUGGAGGGAAAGGACGAAGAGGAUAAGUUUAACGUGUGAGAUGUAUUGUAGUGUUCCCAAGUCUUCUUUGCUUUCAACCUGCAGAGGAUGGAACUUGUAUGUAUGUGAGUAAAUGAGUAUAUUCAAAAGAAACCCGCUUGAAGGAUGUCAUCGUAAAUCAUUGUAAAUAGAGAAGAAUUUCAAAGCCGAACUAGUUUUAGGUAACGAACGCCUUUUAACUUUUAUUUAUUUCCCCUAAGCGGAUACGAAACCAUUGAAUAAAUAUAACGACGAUUUAUAAGGAUAA